AUGUUCACGGUGGACCUGUGGAGCCUCGGCGUCAUACUGUACAUCAUGCUCAGCGGCGUUCCGCCGUUCGACGAGGACGGGGGGCUCCUCUACCAGCACAUCCUGGCGGGCCGCUACGACUUCGACGUGCCACAGUUCCUCGCCGUGUCCGACGAGGCGAAGGACAUGGUGCGCCGCCUGCUGACGGUUGACCCGAGGGCGCGCAUCACCGUGGCCCAGGCCGCUGGCCACAGGUGGCUGCAGGCCGCCGCCCCCAGCGAGGACGCGCGCCAGCCUGGCCCGCCAGCCGAGCAGCGCGAGCUCAAGAGGCGCCGCACGGCAGCGGGCGCCCCCGCUGGCAGCCCCCCGCCCCGCCCAGCCGGCGGCUGGGCGGCGAUGGUGUAG